AACUUUAAAUGUAGUUUUCAAAGAAGAAUGGAGGAAAAUAUGAAGCUUGCUACAGUGGAAGAUACUGUGGAGUACCGCCUGUUCCUGAUACCAGAUGAACCAAGGGACCCAGAAAAACACAAGGAGAUUCUUCAGAAGUAUAUUGAGAGAAUAAUGACCCAAUUUGCACCUAUGCUGGUCCCUUAUAUCUGGCAGAAUCAGCCUUUCAAUCUCAAAUAUAAACCUGGGAAAGGAGGUGUUCCUGCUCAUAUAUUUGGUAUGACAAAGUUUGGAGAUAACAUUGAGGAUGAAUGGUUUAUUGUUUAUAUAGUAAAGCAAAUUACAAAGGAAUUUCCAGAAUUGGUAGCAAGGAUCGAAGACAAUGAUGGUGAAUUCUUGUUAAUAGAAGCUGCUGACUAUCUCCCUAAAUGGUUGGAUCCUGAUAAUAGUGCUAAUAGGGUGUUUUUCUACCAUGGGGAAUUGUGCAUUAUUCCUGCUCCGAGGAAACCUGAAGCAGUAUCCUGGUUACCCAUUACACCCCCAACAGUUCCACAGGCAUUGAAUAUAAUCUCCACACACCCAGAAAAAAUUUUGGCUUCAGAAUCUAUACGAGCUGCUGUGAAUAGGCGCAUCAGAGGGUACCCCGAAAAAAUUCAAGCCUCCCUCCAUCGAGCUCACUGCUUCCUCCCGGCUGGGAUUGUGGCCGUGCUAAAGCAGCGCCCCCGACUGGUGGCCGCAGGAGUCCAGGCCUUUUACCUGCGGGACCCCAUUGACCUACGAGCCUGUCGUAUUUUCAAGACGUUCUUGCCUGAAACUCGAAUAAUGACAUCGGUCACCUUCACUAAAUGUCUGUAUGCCCAGUUGAUGCAACAACGGUUUAUGCCCGACCGGCGGAGUGGAUACACACUGCCUCCUCCAUCUCACCCCCACUACCGAGCCCAUGAGUUGGGCAUGAAGUUGGCUCAUGGAUUUGAGAUCCUGUGCUCCAAAUGUAGCCCACAUUUUUCUGAUUCCAAGAAAUCCCCUGUGACUACCUCACCGCUCUGGACUGGCUUCCUUGACAGUCUGAAAAAGAAUGAUUACUUUAAGGGACUGAUAGAAGGUUCUGCGCAGUACCAGGAAAGACUAGAAAUGGCAAAGAACUACUUCCAACUGUCAGUAAACCGGCCAGAAAGCUCUCUUGCUAUGAGCCCAGGUGAAGAAAUUUUAACCUUAUUACAGACAUUACCAUUUGAUAUCGAAGAGCUUAAGAAAGAAGAAGCUAAUCUUCCCCCAGAAGAUGAUGACCAGUGGUUGGAUCUCUCACCAGAUCAGUUAGACCAGCUACUGCAGGAAGCUGCUGGCAAAAAAGAACCAGAGCCCAUUUCCAAGGAGGAGGAGAACUACGACUUAACUCAAGUCUCAGAGAGCAUGAAAGCCUUCAUGUCCAAAGUCUCCACCCACAAAGGAGCAGAGCUGCCUCGAGAACCUUCUGAGGCUCCAAUCACUUUUGAUGCGGAUUCUUUUUUAAAUUAUUUUGAUAAGAUUUUAGGGCCAAGACCUCAUGAGUCGGACUCUGAUGAUGAAGAUAAGGAAGACUUUGAAUGUUUAGAUAGUGAUGAUGACUUGGAUUCUGAAACAGAGGAGCCCGGGGAAGAAGCAUCUAUAAAAGGAACACUUGGUGAUCUCAAGUCAUACAUGGCUCAGAUGGACCGGGAACUGGCACAUACCAGCAUUGGCAAAAGUUUUGCCACCCAGAAGCAAAUGGAAUCUCUAUCGCAGACUACCAGUAACAAUUCAGAUGAGGAAGAUUCUGGUGCAGGAGGAUCUGUUAUGACACCAGUGGAUGUAGACCUGAACCUGGUUACAAAUAUUUUGGAAUCGUAUAGUUCCCAAGCUGGACUGGCGGGACCUGCUUCCAACCUCUUACAAAGCAUGGGAGUGCAGCUGCCUGACAACACUGAUCACAGACCCACAAGGCUGUGACGACCUCAUCAUGACUAAACCAGGCAGCUGCUUCUAGUUCUCUCAAGUUCACCUGGAUCUGAAACACAUAAGGAAAAACAGAAUGUAAGAUUAGGAGCUACAGAAUUUAGAAUACUAUGGCCAAAGGUGAGAAAACAGUUCCAGAACUCAACAAUCUUAGAAGAUAAUGCCUGGGGUCCACAGCUGGGAGAGAAUCAAUUCUAGGCACUGCCCAGAAGCAAAAGAGGCAUAAUUAAGAGAUGAGCUUUAAAUAUAUUUUUUAAUAGUAAAAAAACCCCACCAAAACAUUUAAAAAGGUGUUUAACAUAGAGGGGUAAAUUAUGAAUAACACUUGUUUUGCUUUGCACCUUUACUGAUUGUGUAACAUACAAAUGUUUUUCUUCUUUAAAAGGUAAAGGUUAAUUAAUGAUCACCAAAAUCACAGUAUUUUCUUUGCAAGAAGCAAAGUAGUACAAACUGAAUCCAUAGGAAACUGAGACAGAUUAGGUAUUAAUUCAUUCCGUAGAAACCAAAACACAAUCGACAGACUUUGGUAUUUGGGGACCACAGUGCCACCUGUCGGGUGCUACAGGAGAGCAAGAUGAGGCUGGAUAAGACAGUAUCUAAGUCCCUUUCAACUAGAAGUUCCUAUAAUCAUUAUUAUGUGACUGAUAACAAUAAUAAUGGUUAAUAAUAAUUAGUGCUCAACAUCCUGAUUGACUUGAGCAAUAAGAUCAAUCUUGAAAUCAAUCAUUAAAUUUGGUAUUUUAUGUGCCUAAACUAUGUGAGACACUCUGUUCAGUCCCGAGG